AUGUCUGACUACGAGGAUGAGAUGGACGUGGAUGCUCCGUCCAAAAGCGCCAUCCAAUUCAGCUCAGAUAACACUGGGGGAAAAUAUAAGAGAGCUGCUGCGGAUUUACCAGUAGAGGCCCAAGAUAAUCUGCCAUGGGUGGAAAAAUACCGCCCGAACUCCCUUGAUGAUGUCUCCGGUCACAAGGAUAUCCUAGCCACAAUUAAUCGUUUCGUUGAAGCAAACCAAUUACCACAUCUCCUCCUCUACGGUCCUCCCGGCACAGGUAAAACAUCCACAAUCCUGGCGCUCGCCCGACGAAUAUACGGCAACAAGAACAUGCGGCAGAUGGUGCUCGAGCUCAAUGCUAGUGACGAUAGAGGAAUUGACGUUGUCCGAGAGCAAAUCAAGACUUUUGCCAGCACUAAACAGAUUUUCUCAAUGGCCCCGUCUGCCACCGGCAAGUCGUCUCUCGCGUCCUUCAAAUUGAUCAUCCUUGACGAGGCCGAUGCCAUGACAUCCACUGCACAAAUGGCGCUGCGCCGAAUCAUGGAACGAUAUACUGCAAACACCCGGUUCUGCAUCAUUGCCAACUACACACACAAGCUGUCUCCCGCGCUCCUCUCCAGAUGCACUCGGUUCCGCUUCAGUCCGCUCAAAGAGCAGGAUAUCAGAGUACUUGUCGAUCAGGUCAUCGAGAAGGAAGAAGUGCGCAUCCAGCCUGAUGCUGUUGAUAGCUUGGUCACAUUAAGUCGUGGUGAUAUGCGCCGUGCUCUGAACGUACUCCAAGCCUGUCAUGCAAGCAGCAAACCACUUCCGUUGAAGAACGCUCCCAAAGACGAACCCCUUCCUGAACCCGAAAUCAUCACGAACGAGACCAUUUACGACUGUAUCGCCGCACCUCACCCCUCUGACAUCCAGGAAAUCAUGACCACCCUCCUUGCGACCAGCGACGUCACUUCCUGCCUCAAUACACUGAACACGUUAAAGAUAAACAAAGGCCUUGCCCUUGCAGAUAUUCUCGCUGCCCUGGGGGAACAGCUGCAGCGGAUCGAGGUCCCAGCCCAGACACGGAUAACCUGGUUAGAAGGACUGGCAGAAGUUGAAUGGCGUCUUGCUGCCGGCGGGUCGGAAACAGUCCAGACUGGAGGCUUGGUGGGGGUAGUUCGAAAUGGAUGUGAAUUAAUGGGGGGCACGGCAUGA